GGAGGGGGCGGAGCGGCCCCCCCCCUCCCAGAGCGGAGCAGCCUGGCAACCGCGGUGGCGCCCGGAGCUCGAGAAUGUCCAUGGAGAAGUACGAAACACCACAAGAAGUGAGAUAAGCAUAUGGAAGAGUGAGGUAUGUGCACCUGUGCAUGUGCUUUCCUGGGGAGGUAGGAAAGCUCCCUGGGUUUGGAAGCAGGUACAUGAGGACCCGGUGCCAACACAACUCCUGCUUCUCCCAGUGAAAGCACCUGGAGGAACCGGUCCACACACAGAGUUUCCAGUAUGGCCUCUGCACCAACUUCUAAAUACAACUCACACUCCUUGGAGAAUGAAUCUGUUAAGCGGACUUCUAGAGAUGGAGUUACUCAGGAUCUGGAUGAAGCUGUCCCCCGACUUCCGGGAGAGACUCGGAUUACUGACAAAGAAGUUAUUUACAUAUGUCCUUUCAAUGGCCCCAUUAAGGGAAGAGUUUACAUCACAAAUUAUCGUCUUUAUUUAAGAAGUUUGGAAACGGAUUCUACUCUAAUUCUUGAUGUUCCUCUGGGCGUCAUCUCCAGAAUUGAGAAAAUGGGAGGCGCAACAAGUAGAGGAGAAAAUUCCUAUGGUCUAGACAUUACUUGUAAAGACAUGAGAAACCUGAGGUUCGCGUUGAAGCAGGAAGGCCACAGCAGAAGGGACAUGUUUGAGACCCUCAUGCGAUAUGCCUUUCCCCUCACUCACAGUCUGCCAAUAUUUGCAUUUGCAAAUGAAGAAAAGUUCAACGUGGAUGGAUGGAUGGUUUACAAUCCAGUUGAAGAAUACCGGCGACAGGGCUUGCCCAAUCAUCACUGGAGAAUCACCUUUAUCAACAAGUUCUAUGAACUGUGUGACACCUACCCCCCACUCCUGGUGGUCCCAUACCGUGCCUCAGAUGAAGACCUCAGGAGGGUGGCAGCAUUCAGAUCUCGAAACCGAAUCCCAGUGCUGUCAUGGAUCCAUCCAGAGAACAAGACGGUCAUUAUGCGCUGCAGCCAGCCACUUGUGGGCAUGAGCGGGAAGCGGAACAAAGAUGAUGAGAAAUACCUUGACGUCAUCAGAGAGACCAACAGGCAGAUUUCUAAACUCACCAUUUAUGACGCGAGACCCAGUGUGAACGCUGUGGCCAACAAGGCAACAGGAGGCGGCUACGAAAGUGAGGAUGCCUAUCCCAAUGCCGAACUCUUCUUCUUAGACAUUCAUAACAUCCAUGUCAUGCGGGAGUCUUUAAAAAAAGUCAAAGAUAUUGUUUACCCAAACGUGGAAGAAUCACACUGGCUGUCCAGCUUGGAGUCCACUCAUUGGCUAGAACACAUCAAGCUUGUGCUGACGGGGGCCAUCCAGGUGGCGGACCGGGUGUCCUCUGGGAAGAGCUCCGUGCUCGUGCACUGCAGUGAUGGCUGGGACAGGACCGCCCAGCUGACAUCCCUGGCCAUGCUGAUGCUGGACAGCUACUAUCGGAGCAUUGAAGGGUUCGAGAUACUGGUACAAAAGGAAUGGAUCAGCUUUGGACAUAAAUUUGCAUCUAGAAUAGGCCACGGCGAUAAGAACCACGCUGAUGCCGACCGGUCACCCAUUUUCCUCCAGUUUAUUGACUGUGUAUGGCAGAUGUCAAAGCAGUUCCCCACAGCUUUUGAAUUCAACGAGCGUUUUCUAAUGACCAUUCUGGAUCACCUGUAUAGCUGCCGGUUCGGGACUUUCUUAUACAACUGUGAGUCUGUUCGAGAAAAACAGAAUGUCACCGAAAGGACAGUCUCCUUGUGGUCGCUGAUCAACAGCAAUAAAGACAACUUCAAAAACCCCUUUUACACGAAAGAGAUCAACCGAGUCUUAUACCCCGUGGCUAGCAUGCGCCACCUGGAGCUGUGGGUGAAUUACUAUAUUCGAUGGAACCCCAGGAUCAAGCAGCAACAGCCCAACCCAGUGGAGCAACGCUACAUGGAGCUCCUGGCCCUGCGGGAUGAGUACAUUAAGCGCCUGGAAGAGCUGCAGCUCGCCAACUCAGCCAAGCUCACAGAGCCCUCUUCAUCCCCUGCCAGCCCCUCCCAGAUGGUGCCCCACGUGCAGACCCACUUCUGAGAAAGACUCCCAGCCCUGUCUGCCAGGUGCCGAGUCAAAAGACCACUGACUUUCAUGUGGGGCCUCUGUACAAAGUAGAGUUUAAUAAAACAAAGAUUCGCCUCCUUGUAGAACUUGAACUAACAUGAUCUUAAACUCUUGAAUAUGUGCCUUCUAGAAUACAUAUUACAAGAAAACCACAGUGUGGCCACAGCAGUCGAGAGGAAGGAGCCAGGCUGGGGUUCUGGAAAACCGGGACGCCUUUCAGAUGCAGUUUGUGAAAGAGAGAAUGUAGAUUUCCUCUGCCCCUUGUCUGAGGAAGUCAAGGGCCAUGACCACGUCCUUCAUGGGCUGUCAUGGGAAGAGUGUUACUAUAAAUGAUGAUCUUCUCAAUCUUCCCUUAAAUCCCUCUGCCAGUGAGAUGGACUUUCCAUGAGCCACUCCUAACAUAAGCCCAAAUGCAGAAAUAUGGGGUGGGGGGAGGGCAUCACUGCCAAAACCAAUUUGAGCUCAGCUCUGGGGCAUUAUCCAAAGCAAGGGGUUGAAACGGUUGCCAAAUUUUAUACUCACUGAAGUAUAAAAUAAGUGACUUAAGGAGAAAUUGCUGUGUGUGUAGAUGAGCUUUUCAAGUCUUCUCCCCUGAUUUUUAAGAGAAGCCUAUUUUUAUAUAUACAUAUAUAUCUAAAAGAUAGGGCCAGUGGAAUAUGAUCGGACUUUUCUUUAAACUUUGCCAGUACUGUCGUCUCAGUUCUUUGAUGAGCUUGCCUGAAUGUCUGCCCCAACUCUGGGUGGGUAGAGAUGCCAGAAAUAGCCCUGUCACCAGGGUGUGACAUCAUUCUGCUGCUUAGGUGAAUGUUUUCACCUCAAAACGUCAUUCUGGUAAAAGCACUUCUCUGCCCAGGUGGAGGAAGACUGGGCUUCUGUUGCCAGGCCAUCAUUCUUGGCCGGAGAAGCCCCUGAUGUGCACUGUCUGGUGAGCGUGUCCCUCAAGUCUUAUGCUUAUGAAUUUCAGCUUAAGUGGUGUGAGGUGUCCCCCUCCCACCCCACAAGUGUGCAUCGAAACUGGUUUUACAUUUUUUUUUACUUGAAAUAACCGGCAAUUUGCUUUACCCAGGUUUUUUUUUUUUAAGUAUCAAAUGCACAGUUCUAUUUGCUAUCAGACCUAAUUCAUUUCAUAAGGAUCUUUGUACAAGUUAAGGUUGGAGUUAAAACGAUUAAUGUGUUUUACAGUGAUUUGUAAAGGACUAUUUAUAGCUAAUAUGGGUUUGUUUUCAAUGAAUUAAGAGAAAUUAAAUAUAUCUUUGUAAAUUAUUUUAUGUCCUAGCUUAAAUGACCUACCAAAUAAGACAUCUCAACUAGAGUAAUGUAUGGAUUUUGUAUGUAGAAGAAAUUUUAUUAGAUAAUCUCUUGCUUUUCGUAAAACGCUGUAAAUAUUUCAUAACUUAACAAAGUAUCACUUUGUAUGAAAAAGAAAGAAAGCUAAUACUAAUAGCUUCAAGCAUUUUGUGAAAUUACAUGAGAACUUUUUCAUGGCAAUGAUGACUAAAAGACCUGCUGUAAUAAAUACUGAACUAAACUAAACUGA